AUGCAGAUCAUGGUUUGUUUGGCAUCCGUGUAUGGAGCGUGGACUAUCAGAGACAGAAAAUGGUAUUUUGAGGUUGAGAAAACGAGAGGAGGUAGAAUGUUCUACCUGCAGGAUGAUUGUAAACAUGAAGAGCUGGUUGAAAUGGUUGUGAACGACUACAUGUUGCAAGUUAAUGGCGAGCUGCUGGAGUUGUCAUAUCCAUUACCAGCUGCUAUGAUGGAGAAAUUGCCAACGGAUUCACCUCCUAUGUAUGUGACGAACGACAGACAAGUUGGGAGCUUGGUGGAGUUAUGUAAGGAGCAUGUGGUCCGUCUUUGCGUCUCGACCCGCGUUGGUAUGGGAAGGAACUACAACGAACCAAUACAUGAGUGUGUCCAAGAAGAAAAGUCUGAAGAGGUGGAUAAAGAACACGUGGAAGAAGAAUUCGGUGAUGAAGGCUGGGAUGAUAACGACUAUGAUGAUGUAAACUGGAAUGACAAAGCAUGA